UAUGUUGUUCCACAGAAGACGGGUUUUGAACGACAUGAUGGACGUGGAUUAUCGACUGUAACGUCACAUCUCACCGGUGGGGUGUUUAUUUUUAACCGGAUUUACUCCGUGGAGCCGGACAGUCUCUCAGCGGGAGACCCGAGCAGAACGGGCUUUAACGGAGCUGCACGAGAAGAUUGUUUCCUUCAUGUGUCAUUAACUGAUCGUUGAAUCACACUAUGUCUGUGAAGAACCCGUUUCAGGUGGUGAACAUCCCCUGGAGGAACAAUAACUUCAGUGUGAUGAGCAACGACCCGCCGCUGUCCGAUCAGGGAGAGACGAUCAUCGGGAUAUACCUGCUGCUGCUCGGUUGGUUGUCGUGGUUUGGAAACAGCGUUGUGAUCUUCGUCCUGUUUAAGCAGAGGUCUUCUCUCCAGCCCACCGAUUAUCUGACGCUGAAUCUCGCCGUAUCCGACGCCAGCAUCUCUGUAUUCGGAUAUUCCAGAGGAAUCCUCGAGAUCUUCAAUGUGUUCAAGGAUAACGGAUACAUCAUCUCAUCAGUGUGGACGUGCCAGAUUGAUGGUUUCUUUACGCUGGUUUUUGGUCUCGGCAGCAUCAACACACUGACCGUCAUCAGCAUCACCAGAUACAUCAAAGGAUGUCACCCGAAUAAAGCACACUGUAUUAGCAACACCACAGUGGUGAUGUGUGUUAUUUUCAUCUGGAUCGGAGCGAUAUUCUGGUCCGGCACACCCAUCCUCGGCUGGGGCAGUUACACAGAUCGGGGAUACGGCACCUGUGAGAUCGACUGGAUGAAAGCCAAUUAUUCCACCAUCCACAAGUCCUACAUCAUCUCCAUCCUGAUCUUCUGCUUCUUCAUCCCAGUGAUGAUCAUGUUGUUCUCAUAUAUAUCGAUUAUAAACACGGUGAAACGAGGUAAUGCCAUGUCUGCAGAGGGCGACCUGACGGACAGACAGAGGAAAAUUGAGCGGGACGUCACAAUUGUUUCGGUUGUGAUCUGCACGGCUUUCAUUCUCGCCUGGUCUCCGUACGCUGUGGCGUCCAUGUGGUCCGCGUGGGGUUUCCACGUGCCGAAUCUCACCAGCAUCUUCACGCGACUCUUUGCCAAAUCCGCAAGCUUCUACAACCCGCUCAUAUAUUUUGGCCUCAGCUCCAAGUUCCGCAAAGACGUGAGCAUCCUGUUGUCCUGUGGCGGUGACGGCAAAGACACCGUCAAACUGAAACGCUUCAAAAAGAUCAAGGGGAAGCCAGACGCAGCGUCGGCCGGCGCCCCACGGCAACGCCUCAGAGAGGACGGUGCGGAAAACAACGAGCUCCGGUUACAAAAGAAAGAGAAAAAGUAUCAGCCGGGACAGGAGCCGCGAAACCCCGCCCCUAGCCCAGAUUCAGGAGUGGGGAAUCAUCGUGUUGACCCUGUCAACAAAGAGGAGUUUUUCAUUGAUGAGUCCGUGUACAUCAGACUGUAGAUCAUGAGUGACAUACGGACGUUCCACUUUCUUUACAAAAUGUCAAGCAAUCAGCUUAAAAAUACAUUUUUGUAAAUGAUGGACGUUAAUGUGAACUAUUGUAUGAUUUUUAAACAAACGGUGUACAUCACUAUUAACAAGGACACAUUUGUGUUGAUGUGCAUUUGAAACGAGAUCAUAAAAAUACUUUACUGAUGCAAUUUGUCCAACAGUCCUGAAAAAUUGCUGAUAACUUGCAGAAAAUGAAAGAAGGUGUUGCAUAUUAUUUUUGUGUUUGCAUAUACAUAUGCAUUUCCCAUACAUAACUGGUUAAAUCAAGGAAAGAAGUAACCAGUCUCUCAGUCUCCCAGUAUCACGGACGACAUUGGGGUGAAAAACAGCCAUGAAUAAACAGAGUACGCUCACAAACACGUGACUUUGCAAACCUUAAAUAACGCACAAGAAAACACAAAUCAAUGAAUGAGCAUGGAAAAACAUGUUUAGUAAAACAUGGGGUUUAAUAUAGCAAUGACAUAUUUAGAGAACAUAAGCGCCAUUUUCAUUCCAUGAUGAUGUGAUUUGUUAUGGAUGACGAUAUUGUAUUUUUGCCGUCAGGAACAGGAUGCAUUCGCCAGUCACUGCUCUCAUUACAUCACAUGACAGAUCGACGACCUUUCAGGCACCUGGACUCAUGAUUUAAUAUUUGAGGGUGGAGAGACACACACAGAAUAUGAUAAUGAUAAUAAUAACACAGGAAAUAUUUCACACCGUUUUAUUUUCCUUUAAUGGAAACAUACAGAACCAGUAAUGAUGAAAACAGGAAAUCUGUCUCUUCAUUCACGAUAAACUAUUAAAUAUUCCCUGCACAAAUCAACAUGUCCUUCAGUUUGAUACAGCGUCACUUUAUAUUAGGUGGCUUUAACUACUAUGUACUUACAUUAAAUACACACCAGACUUUGUGUUUACUGUGUAACUACAUGUUGUUCUGCUACUGAGCUUGAGGUAGGCCUACGGGUAGGGUUAGGGUGAGGGUAAGGUUUUGGGGUAAGGGGUAAAGUUAACAGUGUAACUAAAAAUGUAAUUAAAUGCAAGUACUUUAAAUGUAAUAACCAUUUGAUACAGUGUACUUAUUAUGUAAUCUAUCUAAUCUGCUCUAAGCAAGAAACAAAUAAAGAGGGCUCGGAGACUUAAAGGGACAGUUCACCCAAAAAU